CCCGCCAGAACCCACACUUUCUCUGUAACAAGAAAAACUAACUUUCUUCUUUCUCUACAAGCUCUGUUUCAAUGGCAAACUCUGCUUCAAUGGCGAUCAACCCCGAAUCAGCAAAAGCUCUCUUCGGACCCGAAUCGUACCCGCUCAUCAAACUACUAAGCCAGCUCAACAGCGAUGACGAUGAUCUUCGUAAACCAGCAAAAGCUCUCAUCGAUUACACCAAAAAGAACUACCCAAAUUCUUUGAUUGAGAAACUUUUCGAAACAAUUCAACGUAGCCAGCCAUCAUCGCGUACGGGUAUUUUCUGUUACAAGCUUUUAAGCGAUAUUCUACUACCCCUUUGGCCCAAACUUUCAUCAACUACGCAAAAUGAUUUGAUGGUUAAGUUGUAUUACAAAGUUUGUCGUGAAAGCGAUUAUGAAACACUAAAUGCUUGUUGUUCUUGUGUAUCGAGUAUAGCGGGUUUGCUUUUCCCUAAAUAUGAAUGGAAUGAUUUGUUUGUCUUGAUGAUUGAGAAUUUGGGUUCGGAUUCGAACAGAAAUUUGGGUGUUUUGCUUUUAUGGGAUGAAUUGAUACCGAAAUGUCCUGAGAUUUUUGUACCGUUUGUUGAUUGUUUGAUUGAGGGGUUUACAGAUCUUAUGCCUACUAUAACGGAAGAACAUCGAUCUGGGGUUCUUGCAGCUAGGGCUUCUGUGAAAUUGAUUUUGUAUUUGUCAAACCCCGCCAGUUAUUGCAAGUUUUAUGGUCUUUUAGGGCAUGUUCUAAUGACUUUGAUAAUGGCAUGUUCCGAUGAGGAGGUUCUUGUGUGUAGUGUUCUUGAGGAUUUGAUUGUUUUAGCUGGUGUAGAGACCGCGUUUUUUGAAGGUAAUAUUGGUGUUGUGUUUGAGUCUAUGGUGAAGUUAGCUGAGUGUUUGAAUUUAGGGGAAAAGUCAAGGCAACUUGCUAUAGAGUUUGUUGUUACUGUAGCUGAGAAUAGGGAGAUUGGGUGUGGGAUGAUAGAGAUUGUACCAAAAGAAGAAGUAACUAAGUUGCUUAAUGUGUUGAUUAAGAUGUUGGUGCAUAUUGAAGAUGACCCUCGUUGGAGAAAUGCAAUUAGUGAUGAUAAAAAUGAAGGGGAGUUGAGUAUGUGCAGUUAUGGUAUGGAGAGUCUAGAGAGGUUAGCAAUUGCAUUAGGGGGAGAUGCAAUUCUGCCUAAUUGCCCUGCGUGCUUGUUCAAGUUCUUGGAUGAAGAAGAUUGGAGAAUUCGUCAUGCUGCCGUUACUGCUAUUGGACUGAUAUCAGAAGGAUGCUCAAAGGCAUUGUUAGUGGAGAUGGUGAAAUUUGGACAGUCUAUUGUGAAUCUAAUGUAUGAUAGCCACCCUCGAGUACGUUGGGCCACAAUUCGUACAAUUGGUCAGCUAUCAACCUAUCUGAGCCCGCGUUUUCAAGAGGAAUAUCUUUGGCAGCUCCUUCCAGCUUUCAUAGAAGUAUUGGAUGAUUUUCAUAAUCCCAGGUUGCAGACACGUGCAGCUUCAGUGAUAUGGUUGUUCAGUCACAAUUGCCGUGCAGAUGACUUGAAACCUUACCUGCACAAAAUAGUGAGUAAAUUAGUCGGGUUUCUACAGAGAGGAAUGACAAUGAGGAAAGAAGCAGCUCUUGAAACUUUAGCCUCUUUAGCUAUUUCAUUGCAGGUACUUCGCUUUCAGCGGUUCAAAAAGAACUUCUUUUGUUUAAAUCUCUGGUGUUCUAAACUUCAUUUUCCUGGGAUACUGCAGGAAGACUCUGCUUACAUAUAUGAUUCUAUAAUGCCUUAUCUGAAAGUUAUCUUGGAAACUGCUACUAAAGAUACAAGUCGCACGCUACUUGCCAAAUCCAUGGAAUGCAUUACCAGGGUUACAAUGGCUUUUGGAAAUCAAGCAAUCCAUGGUUAUGUUGAAAAGGUCACUGCAGUACUCAUUUCACUGCAAGAAACUCAAACAGAGAUAGAAGAUCCAAUGAGGAAAUUUUCAUUACUGGCAUACGGUAGACUAUGUAAAUGCUUGGGGGAAGAUUUCCUUCCUUAUCUAAGUCUUGCCAUGCCCAUUGUGCUAAAAUCUGCUCAGCUAAGUGUUUCCAAUAGUUCAGAUACAGAUGAUUCUGAUGAUGAAAGCAUGAUUAAAGUCACCGCUGGGAAUAAAAAGAUCCGGAUAAGAAGUGCACUUCUGGAAGAGAAGGCCUUGGCCUGUCAUAUGCUAUGCUGCUUUGCAGCAGAGUUAAAGGGACAGCUGCAUUUAUGGGUUAAUGAGGUUGUUAGUGCUUUAGUUCCGAAUCUUACCUUCGAAUUCAGCGAAGAAGUAAGAAUGACUGCCAUUUCUGCAAUGCCGUUACUGUUAAAUUCAGCUUCUUGUGCUAUGAAGAAAGGGCUUCCUGUAACAGGUUGUGGCAAGGCCCCAGUUCAAAAGCUAUCUAACACUAUCAUCCCAUCUUUGCUUGACGCGUUAAAGAAGGAGUCAAAGGUACAAGUUCAAGCAAGACUAUUGGAGGCAUUCAACGAAAGCAUUCAGAUUCCGGGUUCACAUCUAAGUAAACAUCAGGCUGAAAAAUUUGUUGAAGGAAUUUCAAAGGUUCUCUUAACUUGCUCAUACUGCAAAACAGAAAGAGAGAAAAGAGCUAAAGAACACACAGAUUCAAGGGAGCAGAAACUACUUAAGGAGGAAGCUCAACAACACUUAACUAUAUGUAGAAACAUUGGCAUUUGCCUCGAAACUAUGGUGAAAAUACUUAAGGCAUCAUUCUUGCCCCUUUUAGACAAGUUUUUGCCUUAUGUAUCACUUAUGUGGAGUAAUGAUAGAACAGCAGAAGAAAGAAGAAUUGUAGUGCACCUUUUCCGUGAAGUUGCUGAGCAGUGCCGCGAAGAAGCAUUCAGGUACUAUGAGGAGUGGAUACCUCUCCUGCUUAAAGUUUACUAUCACAAGGAUCCAGAUGUUCCACAGAUCGUAGCAAUUGCAAUUGGUAUUUGUGCUGAAUUCGGAGCAGAUUUCCUUAAACCUCAUACUGAAGGAAUAUUCGGUUGUUUGAAAACUGCAUUGGAGCAUCCUAAUGCAAAAUACCAGGAUAACAUCAUGGCUUAUGAGGCUGCUGUUUAUACCUGUGGGAAGUUAAGCCAGUUUCUCUCAGAUGAUUUCUACACCUAUGAGUUCAUCCAGCUCUGGAUUAGCCACUUACCAAUAAGGUGUAAUCUGGAUGAGGCUAAAAUCAGUCAUGAACUACUUUGCUCAAUGAUAGAGAUGUUUGAGCAGAAAGUUAUUGGCCCUCAAGGAUUUCAUAUACCGAAGAUCAUAGCAAUUUUCGCUGAGGUUUUAUGGGCAGGGAACAACUUGGCCACAGAAGAAACUAAAGGGAGAAUUAUCAAUCUAUUGAAGAAAUUUCAAAGGGAACUGCAGCCUCCUGUCUUGUCCAAAACAUUUGAAACAUUACCUUUACCACAUCAAAACUUGUUGCGCACUGUCUUGUCCACCUUAUAAACUGUUUGUGCAGUAGAUAGAUACGUGUACAGAACGGAAAUAGCUAGCAGGAAAAAUGGCAGACUCAUACUUGUAGAGUGAGAAAGAUUACUGUAAUAAAGAGUGUGAAUGUACACAAAGGAUGAAGUAGUAUCUGAUUGUAAAGGAGAUUUUUGUGUAUGAAAGGAAGUUACUAUCCAGAUUUUAUGAAAA